UCCUCCACUUCCAUUACUCUUAACUAUAACUCUCCCCUUCUCUACACUUCUAUCUCAUUAUACAUCCAAUUCUGUUUCAAAAAUGACAUUUUGUAGCAUGUUUCUUUUCAUUUUCAUCCUUUCUAUAUUUGUUUCAUCUAGUCAUGGAACUGGAAGUGACAAAAUUACUGCUUUGCCCACUCAACCCAAGGUGGGAUUUAAACAAUACGCGGGUUAUGUAAAUAUUGAUGUAAACAAUGGAACAAAACUGUUCUAUUACUUUGUAGAGGCAGAGAAUCAUCCUGCCUCUAAACCAGUAGUUCUUUGGCUUCAUGGGGGGCCUGGUUGCUCUGCUAUUGGAGAAGGUGCUUUCGGCCAACACGGCCCUUUCAAGACAACAAUCAGGGGUCUUGUGAAAAACCCAUUUAGCAGGAACCGAGAAGCGAAUAUGAUCUACCUCGAUUCUCCUACUGGUGUUGGCUUUUCCUAUUCCACCAACACUUCUGAUUAUUUCUUUGUGGAUGAUGAAACUGCAGCAAGGGAUCACCUUGCUUUUCUUGAGCAUUGGUUCAGCAAAUUUCCCAAUUUCAGAACCAAUGACUUCUUUAUUGCUGGGGAGAGCUAUGCAGGACACUAUGCACCCCAACUUGCAGAGCUCAUUUUCAAAAUCAAAGCCAACAUAAACUUGAAGGGAAUAGCGAUAGGAAAUCCUCUUUUGGAUUUCGAUGUCGACUACAAUUCCUCCGUCGAGUUUUUAAAGACGCAUGGACAAAUUUCAAGGUCAACAUAUCACGACCUAAAAGAAGUUUGUAGCUAUCCGAACAUUAGAAGAGAAUAUAUAUUUAAUAAAUUUACCAAGAGUUGCCAAGAUGUAAAUACAAAAUUGUCUUUGAAUGUUCAUGGAUUCACAAACAGGUUUAACGUGAUUGCAGACAAGUGUCCAGCGGCUCCUGAAAAUCAGAAAUACCUCAAGCAAAUGGGUGAGAAGGCUUUUGUAUGCAUAAGAGAUGCAACAUUUGCCUACAUGAACAUGAAAAAGACGCAAAAAGCUUUACAUGCCGUGCUUGUAGGAAGGAAAAUUUGGUCAGCUUGUAGUAUGACUCUCCUGUAUAAUCCCCAGAGUCAGUUGAUUCCAACCAUCUCUAUUCUAGGGACCCUUGUAAAGGCUGGUAUAAGGGUUCUAGCAUUUAGUGGUGAUCAAGAUUCUUGGAUUCCAUUUAUUGGGACAGAGUUGUUGAUUGAGGAAAUGGCCAAGGAUUUUGGGGUGGAAAUCACAAGGCCCCAUGAAGCUUGGUUUCAAGGAGGGCAGGUGGCGGGAUGGACCCAAGAAUAUGGGAACUUUUUGACAUUUGCAACAAUAAAAGGUGCAGGUCAUUCAGCCGGGAAAUUUCAGCCAGAACGGACACUUGUGAUGUGGAAGGCAUUUUUGGAAGGAAAACCACUUCCAAAGAGACAUCCAUAUCAUUAUUAAAAAAAUAUAUUAGACAAAGUAUUGUGUAACAUGAUAUUUUUAUUUUUAUUUUAAUGCAUUUUAUGUGAUUUUAAUGAAGCGCUUAUUGACUGA